AUGAGAGUAUUCCCAUGGAUAAAAAAAAUUAAUUUCUUUUUAACGCCACUGUGUUUCUGUAAAAUAGAAGAGAAAAUGUGUGCAAAGAUGACUGAACAAAUUAAAUUUAAAGCAAAGAUCGAAAUGACGACUAAAUUAGAUAAUCACGAGUUAAAAGAAAUUAAGAAACUUGGAGAAGGGAGUUUUAAUAUAGUUUAUUUAAGUGAUUUUAAAGAUGACAAAGUAGCUAUUAAACAAUUAAAAGAGGGUUGUGAGACACGAUCUAAAAUGAAAGAGUUUGAGAAGGAAAUUGCAAUGUUAGAUAAAUUUAAGUGUGAGUACAUCGUCCACUUUUAUGGCGCUGUCUUCAUCUUAAGUCGAAUUUGUAUGGUCACCAAAUUUGCUUUAGGUCUUUCAAUGACUUUAUGA